UCGUCUGCUCGUUCGCAAGGAUCUACACGGUACUGCUGCCCGUCUCGUGUGUGUUCCGUGCACCGCUAGUAUAUCAAGUGUUUGAAUACCCCUCAUUCCAUAUUCGCUCACCACUAGACUAAUCCGGAAGGGGGUGGCCGAGUAGCGCCCUUCGCCAAAGUCCAAGUGCCAGCCGUUUACUGCCCGAACUAGCGAGCGAGUGAGUGAGAAAGUGAGUAGGUAGACUUUAAACCGAGCUCAUGACCAAUAAUCAUUUGAUUUUGUGAAUUACCAAGAUUUGGUUCGGAUUCUAGCUUUAAAGGAUAACGAGCGCUCACCGGUGCCACACACGCCAGGACGAGCCAGAAUCGCUAGUGCGCUGGAAAGACCUGCUACUUGCCAGUCUCGCUUCGGAGAUGUUUACCGUAAUUUUUGUUUGAUAUAGAAGAAAGGCAAUCAGAAAGAAAACAAAGAAAAGGUUCUACAACCUUAGAAGUGGUAAAGUGUUAUAAAAAGAAUUAAGAAUCCGUAAUAACAAGUUCAUUCCGGCAAAGUUCACAACGUCUUUGGUGCUCUUCAAAGCAGAACGUUCCCUGCAAGACAUAAAUUCUUCCGUCACGGUGCUAUGAUUUCAUUGGAAGUUAAAUGGCGCCGCAAAAUUCUACACUAAUUCACGGAAACGCUGCGGGUACCUCAGCCGAUUCCGCCGACGAGGAGUUGAGCAGUUACAGUCCGAUUCUUCCUACCAGAACAAGCCACCGACGACGUGCGUCUCCAGGGCCCAUUUGUGUUACCGCUCCACCACCCCCACCACCGAACGGAGGAAAAUCGAUCGGUCCCCGGAACGGCUGCACCAAACCGGAUGCACAAACCUCCUACCGAAGGAAAGGUGGCAUCCGCGAAGGAACUGAAAAGGGUGCGGUGAAACGUGAAUCGCAAAAUCCCAUCACGUACUACAGAGACUCUGCCAACGAUACGGAGAAUGAAGAGCAAGAAAAUGCAACUGCAACGGGACAAGGAAGUGCCAACAGCAACGACGAGGAGGAGGACGAUAUCGAAAUUCCUAUCUGGAUUCGGGGAGAACCGCGAUUUGUGGCGGGAAUCAAUGACGGGACGACAUGCUGCAACAUCAUUCAAGCUCUGAUCGAAGAUGAACUGCAGAAUGGCAACUAUGAGAAAAAUACCGAUGUCGCAGUGUCGCGUGAUGUCAACGAUUACGUGAUAACGGAACGAUGGCGUGAAGUAGAGCAAGUGCUGGCCGGCGACACACGAGUACUUUCCAUCUGGAACGCAUGGGGCGAUGCCAAAAACGAGGUACAAUUUCGCCUGAAAAUCAAUAAAACUAACCUGGAAAAUGCCAAAUCAAGCAAGGAACAUAAAUCAAAGAAGCAGAAGGAAAAAAUUGGACUAAUAAAUCGCAUGAUGAGAAAAGUGCUCAAGCAGGGCGAGGCCAUCCAAAACCACCUCUCAAUGAUAAGUCAAAAAUCUGCCGAGAAACGAAACCAAGACAAAUUCCGCAAAUACGUCCGGAAAAAUUACGGAAAAACAGCCCUAAUGGAAAACUUUCUCGAAGACGCCACAACGCUGUAUGACAUCUCUCUUCCGAAGGAGGAAACCGAUGAUGCUUGCAAGUGCAAGGACAACACACGAAGAAGCACAUUCCCCAGUAAGCUAUUUUCCGCCAAAAAAGGCAAAGAAGCCAAGAUGCAACGACCAAAACUCUACGAAUCUACCGAUCAACUGAACGAUCCGAAAAACGAAGACGAACUGUUGUUGGUGAUCGAACACACCUCCGACAGCGAUAGUGGUAUUUUCACCAACAACCAGCUGGGCCGAAAGAGUACGCUUUCGAAAAAGCCCAGUUUUGGUUCGAUGGUAGAAAUUGACAAGCUCGUUAAGGAACCUGCAGAGGAAUUAAUGCUUGAUACUACUCCAAAGCGAAAGUUCCGCUGUAAGCGUCGUACGGGUUCGUUCCGCAGCCGCAACACCAACCGACGCAAGCUGGAUUACGAUAGUGAUGAUGUUACACCACCAAUCGAUGACUUCGAAAACAUCAAUCUUGAGUUGCGGAAAGCAACAUUCAACCGAACUUCAUUUCGUUUUGAUCUAAUACGACAGGAAAUCUCGACUAAAAUGCAGGAAAUGCAAAAUCUACUCGAACAGGAAGAUGAUCUUCUCCGUCGCUUAAAACUGAAGAGUGCCAAAUUCCAGGCGGAGAACCAAAUCUACCGAUCUCACAUUGGUCUGGAUUUUCACGUUGAACGUCUGCAGGAUUCCAUCGAUAACUGCGCCAAAGAGAUAAUCGAAAUCGAGCAGGAACUGCUAAAAACGAAAACAGAGAUAGAAGAAAAGUCUCCUCUGAUUGACAACCUCAAGUCGCUGCUUGAGUCGCAGGAAUCCAAGCAGUUUAGACGAUAUUAUUCAUCAUACUCUCCUUCAGGUUCAACGGCGGAUAGUUUGAACUCAUCAACUGCGAUGGGAGCGAUGGCCCUUCCCAGAAGUGACAGUGCGACCACGUCAUCAAAGGCCAGCCUGUCCUCCCGCCGCAACUAUAGAGAAACUGAGUUCGUUGAUAAUAUUUAUGAAUUUUGUGAUAAUAAUCAAAGUUUUGUGGUCUAACCGAAAAAAACCUUAAGCUUGUGGUUCUAAUCUUACCAAGCAGAUACGUUACUAUAUGAAAAUAGUGCUCAAAAACUGUUUAUACAUAUUCAAAAGCAAAUAUUUUAACUGUUAUUCCAUAUAUUUUAUUACUCAUUCCAAUAAAGUUUACA